CUGCACACCGCGUCUCUGAGCGCAUCUUACCCAAAGGACCGAUUUUUUCCCCUUGUGCCUCUUGAGAUCCCCAGUUGUGCCUCUUGAGAUCUACUGCUGCAAAUUAUUUUCCAGUCUUUCAGAUAACGAAAAGCAAGUCUGCAGUGAUGGACAGGGCACAGAACACAAUAGCUUUGAUCUGUCUGGUGUUUCUCAAACUGACAAUGGUGGUCAGCGGGAAAAUCUUAGAGGAGACUUAUCGGAAGUGGGUCCAGUAUAAAGAAGACUGUUCCAAAAUGAUAGACAAUGAGCCGCCACCUCAAGUGGGGUUGUUCUGUAACAAGACCUUUGACCGAUAUGCCUGUUGGCCAGAUAGUCCUGCUGGUUUCAUCGUCAACAUCUCAUGCCCUUACUACCUGCCCUGGUAUGACAAAGUGUCUCAGGGUGUUGUGCGUAGGCGUUGUGGGUCUGAUGGCCUGUGGGUAAGAGACGACAGAGGAGAAGUGUGGAGGGACAUGACCCAGUGUGAAGAGGAAAAAGAGGUCGCAUCCCACGAGCUGUGGGUCAAGCAACUGAUGGUGAGCUUCAGGAUGUUGUACACCGUCGGCUAUUCAACGUCCCUGUCGACGCUCAUAAUGGCUCUUAUAAUUCUUCUGAGCUUCAGGAAACUGCACUGCACCAGAAAUUACAUUCACGCUAACCUUUUCCUGUCAUUCAUCCUGCGAGCUGCAGCUGUCAUCGUUAAAGACACGAUGUUGGAUCGACACUGGGGAAGAGAAAUCCUGAAACAGGACGAUGUCAGUGAGAUGCUCAGUCAUGAGGCUGCCAUUGGCUGCAGGGUAGCGCAGGUGAUAAUGCAAUACUGUGUCCUGGCCAAUCAUUACUGGUUCUUUGGAGAGGCAGUUUAUUUGUACUCAGUGCUCAUUGCAUCAGUGUUCAUUGACAACAACAAAUACCUAUCGUACAUCUGCCUCGGCUGGGGAACACCACUAUUAUUUGUGGUUCCCUGGACAGUGGUGAAGAUAAUGAAAGAAAACAAAGAGUGCUGGGCCGUCAAUGAGAACAUGAACUACUGGUGGAUCAUUCGAUUCCCUGUUCUUUUUGCUUCACUGAUCAAUUUUCUGAUUUUCAUGAAGAUCCUGAAAGUCAUAUUUUCCAAAUUGCGAGCCAGCAACCAGAAUCGAUACCCCGAUUACAAACUCCGGCUUGCCAAGGCCACUCUCACCCUAAUUCCUCUGUUUGGGAUCCAUGAGGUAAUUUUUAUCUUUGCCACAGAUGAGCAGACAACAGGUGUUCUGCGCUACAUCAAAGUGUUUUUCACUCUUUUUAUCAGUUCAUUUCAGGGUUUUUUGGUGGCUGUGAUCUACUGCUAUGCCAAUAAAGAGGUGCAGACUGAGCUGAAGAGGAAGUUGCGCAGCUGGAGGACGGAGACGGAGAUCGUGUGCUGCGGACAGUGACUAGCUGUGUUGGACCUACGAACAGACACUUUCUCCAUUGCCACGGUACCGGAGCGCAACAGAUCCUCAGUGUCGGCUGCCAGGGCGAUGCCUGACGGUUCGCCUACUCCUGACAGUUCGCAGAUCUUUAGACGUCAGGUUCUGCCGACUUCUCCCAAGCCUGAUGUGUCUCUCCUGCAUUCUCCACUGGUAGUAGAUGGAGACAACAUCCUGCAUUGUGUAGGACAGCCAUCUGUGGCGAUGCAGGUGUCCUUCCUUGUUCAUCUUAAAGACCCCGUGGAGCUGCUCCCACAUGUUGUAAAUACAGAUUCUGACUGAACAGCCUUGUGUCCGCUGUACAUUGCAAGAUUCUGUGUAAAAUAGCAAAUUGUGUGAAUAACUGUGGAGUAUCUUAAAUGAAAUAAUAAAAACUGAGUAUGUUUGUUUUUA